ACAAGUCAGAGGAUAAGAGUUGCAUUUUCUGGGUUUUUCAUUUUGGUUAGAUUUGAAUAAUAACAAAGAAAAAAGUUAAUAAAAUAGCUUCUCCAUUCCUGCACUGAUGUGUUUUAAGGAGGAAGGGAGUUUUUUCAUUGUCAGCUGUUUUCUGUUGUCAUGUCCUCAAUGUCCAUUUGAUAUAUUUUACUAGAGGGAGAGAGAGAGCAGGAUUCCACUUACUUCCCCAAGAGAAGCAGCGCUGUGGAGAACAGGGGCUCCUCAACAGACCUGCACCCAGGUCACAGAGGUCAGAGAAGGCUCAGCUUUUCUCAUUAAGAAUAAAAAAGUGCUGAGUCAUCCCACUUGUAGGCUUCUUUACACACAUUUCACCUACCACUUACACCAUCAGAAGCUUGCAGCACGAGUCUUUAGAUUUCAGAGGUCUGUGACUGAUUAAUCGUUCAGGCAUGUUGCACGUUUGCUGGUCCUUCUUUCUCUCUUUCAUUCACUUGUCAGCGGUGUGCUCUCAGCAAGCCUUCAGGACUCAGCCCAAGAAUAUAACCCUGAAAGUGGGGGCCGCAGUGGUGCUGAAGUGUGCCGUGUUGAGGCCCUCAGGUGUAGUGCAGUGGGUCAAGGACGGACUUCUUUUGGGGCCCCAGCGCAGUCUUCCUGGCUUCCCCAGAUACAGCAUGAUUGGCAACAAGGAGAAAGGAGAGUACCAUCUUCAGAUUGAAAAGGUUGCCUUGGAAGACGAUUCCCCCUAUGAAUGCCAAGUAGGCCCGUCUGAAAGCAGCGGACCAAUCAUCUCUCAUAUUGUGUGCAUCACUGUACUGAGUAAGCAAAACCAACUCUCCUGCAUCUAAUAAGUUAAAGGUGUGAUCCAUAAUGUUGAGGUUAAAGUUUUAAAUGUAUAUGAAGGCAUUUCUUAAAACAAUUCAAUAAUACAAAUGUGGGGCAAUAUAAUUUGAGUUUGACCAGC